UGGAAUCGAACACGAACAUAAUUCGGGAUACAGAAUUUACAGCCGAAUUUGAACGGGCGUUUGAGUGAUUUUUCUGACAUUUCCUCUCUUGAAAGCUUGCCCCUUGUCGUCACUUUACAAUCAGGUCCUCUGCCUCUAGACUUCUCAAAGUCCCUUUCCUCCACAGAAGCUCACCCUCCACACGUGAAGCGCCAUGUCCGAGACGUUGAACUUCGGCCCCCAGUGGCUGCGUGCGUUGUCCACCGGCACCAGCGUCACCUCACCCCCACCAUCUCCAGGUAUAGGAAUCCCUGCGGGUCUACCGCCCUCUACCGUACCGACGCAGUUCAAACUUGCCGAACAUCGCUACGGUAGGGAGGAGAUGCUGGCGUUGUAUCGUAAGAGUGAGAAGAUGCCUUGCAGCUUGGAAGACGUCACAUCCAUUGCGAAGAGGGAGGCGCUCACACCGAUGGCACUGUUGCCUCUAAACGAUGAAGAACAGAGGUGUUUGUCUCAGUGUGUGAACAGCUCAGUGGUGCUACGUCUGACUGGGAGAGGGGGAGGGGCCCCAGCGAUAAGGGGGAGUCGAGGAGCGGGACGAGGAAGGGGUCGAGGCAGAGGAGAGUACCAGCGAAGUGUUACGAUGUUUGACGAAGAGACACCUGGAUUCACUCGGGGUAGAGAGUUCUCUCGAACUAUGAGCUGGGACGAAAGUCAAGAACAUCGUUUCGACAAGCGUCUCGACACUCGUAACUUUGAGGACGCUCCGGGCGGUCCGCUCUCUCCGCGUAAGCACAUCGAGCGAGGGAGCGCGAGCGACAACUGGAGAUCCCCACGGGACCGGGUGUCUCGCGCUGACGAGGAGGACGAGGGAGGAACAUGGAGGCAAGCUGGGUCAAGGUCCGUGAGACCGGCACGAGAAGGAGAUGAAAAUUGGAGGAGUUCAACAGGAUCAACAAGAACAAGUUGGAACCAUCCAAGAGAACGUGACGAUCGAGAGAGAGGGGGCUUGGAGAGAGGGGUGGAUAGAGGAAUGAGGGAGAGGCGCUACAGCGGACGGUCUCGCCAAGACAGCUGGCAUGAGGACGGCGGGGCCGAGGAGAUGCCGGAGUGGACCAUGGAUGAUCCGUUUGACGGCGAUAUUGGAACAUUUGAUGCCUCAGGGGCUUUCUGUUCUACAAAGAAAGCUGACAAGGAGGCGGGAUCUGGGGACAACAAUAAAGAGGACAGCAAAGGGGAACAGACUGGUAGAAAGUCUAGCAAAGAUGAAAAAGACAAACUUAGUACAUCAGACUUGACUGAUCAACCGGACAACUCUCUUCGUGCUUCACCCUUGCCAGACAGUCACAAAAACUCUGAACCGAAUUCCGCGGACGCUGUAAUACCCUCGUCCAAUCAGAACAAGUCGCAGACCCUCCAGUCGAAAGGUGAUCGUCGGCAGGGCCCCUCCCCAAUAACUGUCAAACUCUCCGAAAAUGCAGUCAACGCAGGCAAGAAGCUGCCGAACAACGCAAAGGGCGACGGACCCUCUAAUACUGCCGGGGGGGACUCCAACCCAAGCACCAAAAUCUCAGGGAAAACCAAAAAGCAAUCGAGUGAGAGCGGUGAAGCCAAGGCCGUGGUACCAACGGUCAGUGAGGUCAUGGCGCAGAUGGCAAAGGUCGCCAGGGCCAGCGAGGAAGCGAACAAGGGGUUAGACUCUGAAGUGGCAUUGACAGCGGAGGAGGUUGAAGCCUCGAUAGAGAAGAAGUUGGACAGCAAGAAAGUGGAAGCGGAAGAGGAUGAGGAGGAUGACGAUGGUCUGGCGCAGAUGGAGAAAGCUGCUGAGAGUCUCAUGGCUGUUAUUGAUGAGGAUGACGACAAGGAGCCUGAGGAGACCGAGGUAUCGAUUAGUAAACCUGGAAGUAGUAGUAACAGUGCCGAUGGAUCAGUGCUGCCUAUGACACAUGAAAAUGCCUUCAAGUGGCUGUAUAAGGACCCACAGGGAUCAGUGCAAGGUCCAUUUAUGUCGAGUGAGAUGGCCGAUUGGUUUGGUGCUGGUUACUUCACGAUGACUCUGUUAGUCAAGAGAGGCUGUGAUGAAGACUUCAUGUGUCUCGGGGAAGUCAUCAAGAGAUGGGGCAGGGUACCAUUCAUCCAGGGACCUGAGCCUCCACCAAUGGGGAAAAUGCAGCCGUCAGUUUCGGCUGAAGUACGGCAGGUUCCCCAGCCAUCGCAGCCUCAGCAACAGGUUCAUCAUGGUCUCCCUCCGCAGCUGUUCACCCAACAGCAGCAACAGCAGCAGCAGCAGCAGCAGCAGCAGGGUCCUCCUCAGCCGCCGCAGCCGCCACCUACACAGCAGCAGCGGGAACACUUGCAACAGCAGCAACAACACCACGUCUUCCAGCAACUAAUUCAGCAGCAACAGGCAUUUAUCAGAGUCCAAGCCAGCCGUAUCUACCAGGAGCUUCUACAGAGGGGUAAAUCAUUAACCCCGGCCCAGCAAACCCUCUUACGACAGCAGCUCAUCAGCCUGCAGCAGCAGCAUCAGCUCCUACUGCAGCAGAUGUCCCACCAGGGAGAGCCGUCCCGGUCGGACAUUGCUGCUGCAGCUGCAGUGGUCAGUGAGCAGCAGCAUGCUAUAAUGGCCGGCGCCGCCCGCAGCGGAUCCAGAAGCAGCCCCGUCACGACGACGAAGUCCGAGAACGUCAUGGAUAACAUCUCCAUCUGGGGCGGGCCCCCGACCAGUAAAUCAGAUGAUUGGGACAUUGGUUUCUGGCAUCCGUCAAUGGCCAAGGAUGCAAUGGAAGAGAUAAGGAGGGAAAAAGUGAAGGAGAGGCAAGCGGUGAGACGACGCGAUGAAGAACGCCAGAAGGAGGCGAGAGAGCAAGAGGACAGACGGAGACGAGAACAGCAAGAGGAGGAGAUGAGGAGACAGCAGGAGAUUGAGCUCAAGAGACAAGAGGAACUCAAGAGACAAGAAGAAAUCAGAAGACAAGAAGACUUCAGGCGUCAGGAGGAAAUUCACAGGCUGGAGGAACUCCGUCUAGAGGACGAGAGAAGACGCAAAAAGCAGGAGGAGCAAUUACGACUCGAACAGCAGCAACAGCAGCAACAGCAGCAGCGGCAAGAUGAACUGCGGCGACAGGAAGAAGCGGCAGCGAGGAAAGUCCAGGAAGACGUCGUAAGACGGGAGGCUACCCGCCGCGCCCAGGAAGAGGCAGAGAGAAGAGCCCAAGAGGAUGUUGCGAGAAGGGCGCAGGAGGAGGCGUCAAGGCGAGUCAGGGAUGAGCAGGAGAGGGUCAGGAGGGAAGAGGACAGUCAAAAAGAGACCGAGAGGCAGCGACAUCAAGAUAUUAUGAGACAACAGCAGCAACAGCAGCAGCAGGACGCUCUGAGGAGACUGCAGCAACAGCAGCAACAGUCAAAACUUCCAAGCAGUGCUAUGUGGGGUCAGCCUAAUUCUUCUUCAGCGUCAUCAACAAGCACUCCAACUUUAACUCAGAUCCAACAGAUACAGCAAGAACAGAGGGAUAGAGAUGAACAGAAGCAACGGCAGCGACAACUUCAGGCUCAGAUGUUGCAGCAGCAGCAGCAACAGCAGCAGCAGCAGCAACAGCAACAACAACAGACAAGGCCGGCAGGCUGGGGGAAUGCAAACCAAGGGAUAAAGGGGAGUUCCACUCCCGCUAAGUCACUGCGUGAGAUUCAGGAGGAGCAAGAGAGGCAGCUUAUCGAGAGAAGCAAACAGCAAACACCGAGUAAAACUCCAGUGUCGAUGUCCCUCGGUACAGCCGCUGUAUGGGGAGGCACAAACACAAACGCAGCUUUGAACUGGGGCAGCGACGGCACUAGUGUUUGGGGUGAAUCAAAGCCCAAAGCCCAACCAACUGGUUUCUGGGAUGAUGCUGUGGCUAACAACAGUGCCGGACUCAAGUCUCAAAACAGCACAAAUGCCAACUUUCCGUCACUCCGCAGUGCCGUGCAGUCCACACCGUUGCAGCGACAACAAUCAAGCAACUCAAACUCUAAGUCUAGAGUGGCCAAGGAAGAGGAGAAUGUCCGCAAGUUGUUUCAGAAUAGCUCAGCUUCAGAUGAGUUCACCCAGUGGUGCGAGUACAUGCUGCAGGGACUAGCCACCUCGGUGGACAUCCCCACGUUCAUAUCAUUCCUACAAGACGUAGAGUCGCCGUACGAGGUUCACGACUACGUCAAGAUGUAUCUUGGGGAGACAAGAGAGAGCAGCGAGUUUGCUCGCCAGUUUCUGGAGCGUCGCAGCCGCUUCAAGGAGAAGCAGAGGAAGCAACAAGAGAUGGGAAUUGCCUGGGGUGGCGGUGGCAGCGGUGGGAUGCACAACAACGGAAGCGCUAACCUGCCGGACUGGGAGGUGGAUAACGACGACGGGGACGAGGAGGAUCGCCACGGCAACAGCAUGACAACCGGCCACAACAACAAGAAAAAGAAGAAGAUGCAACGUCUGGAUCGGAGCGUCUUGGGUUUCAGCGUGAACACUGCAGACCGCAUCAACAUGGGAGAGAUACAGACAUUGGAUAAGUGACCUUUGACCUUUCGACCCCCCUGGCAGCAAUGAACUGCUUGAUCGGAUGACUUUGUAUUAAAACCGAAUCAUUAACAAAAACCAGCUCAUACUUCUUUGCACAAACUCAAAUGUGGAGCAAACUUGUGACGUCCCACAAAAUGGUAAGUUGCACAAAUGAGUUUUCAUUGGUUAAAGUCUAUUUCAAACAUCUAUUUGAAACAAAAUCAUUUGUUGUAAAUUUAGGGCGUCAAACUUUGCUUUAUUUUUGGUCUUAAGUAUGACUUAAGGAUUUGUCCUGAGAGGUCUUUGGUUUUGGCUUCUGCUGUAGCUGUUGUGUAGUCUUCGCCGCCGUGGUCAUGAUGUCAUCCCCAGGUCACUGAACUGCAACCAAAUCAACUGGUCCAUGAAUAACGCUCGCUACACACAAACGGUGACAUACUAUAAUCAGCGUAAACUACAUUCACAAGUACGAUAAACAACCUGGGCCCAACUUCAUAAAGCCUGUAAGCACAAAAACUUGCUUAGCAUGAAAUUUCUUCCUCGGUAAAAACAG